UGCUGCGAAAAAAUACAUGCAAAUCAAAACAUGCCAUUCAGGUCUUGAUGAUAAAUUGCACAUAUUUAUUAUAUAUUGCAGUUGUAUUUAUAAAUCAGCACAUUUUGCGAUUCAGUUUCAGUUGGUAUUCUAUCGACCCACACAACGUAGUAAAAUCAAGUCCGAAUGUCAAGCUCAAGGAGAUUUAUUUUUUUGAAAGUAUCAAAAACCAAACUGAGACAUGGCAAAAUUUGGGAAAAUUUGCCAACCAUCCUGCGUGUUUAGAACAUUUGUUGUAAUAUAUUUUGCUCAAUUGCUGGUUAAUCAAGCCGCUGGUGCUUCUAUGAUUUCACAAAGGAAUCUGAAUGUCGGAAACAAGGGGUUGGAGGAAGAGGGGCAUUCCGUCCGCCUGAAAAGGUCGCCUUAUCCGCCGGCGUACGUGAUGUGGUCUGCGCCCAGCUCCCAGGCUGCGAUCCCUUGUCACUGUGGCGCAGGUCAAAGGUGCCCCUGUCUCAAAAUGCUCGAGAGAAUUUCCCGUGGGAGAAGAAUGACGGGUCGUCGAUGGUCUCGGAGACGCCAAGGAUGAAAAUAAUAUGUAAACCAAAUAUUGGCGGCCAGAGUAUUUUGAAUAAUAUGUACCCCUUGAUAUAUCGGUAGCAUAUUACAGCGACAGGCUUUACCAUAUAUGAAUAUUUUAUGUGUUGUUCAAGGUGCAAGCCUAAUAAUACUGAAAAGUUUAUGAUGAUUAUUUCUAGUCAAUUAUAUGUAUAGGUAAAUUUGAACCUACUAUUAACGGUGUAAUAAUAAGUUUAUGACUCCCUAACAUUGUGAAUAAAAUAGAGGUUUCCUUCCUCCUGCAAACUCAGUUAAUCGGAGAGACAUGUACAUUUCUUGACCCGGGGAAAGAGCACUUUCUCCGAAAUUGGGAGGAGAAAGUCACAUGGAAUGAAAGCAGUAUUACACGCAAUAGUAUUUAUUUGGCUUUCGCGUGCACAAAUAUAUAUCUGCUGUGUAAUACAAAUGUCAAAUAUUGCUAAAUUUAUUAUUUAUUCGUUCUCAAUGAAAUUCUCAACGUGUAAUGGAUCCAUUUAAAAGUAAGGGGAAAUGCAGGAUAAUCGUGUUGAUCGAAAUGACCUUAUCCGGAUUGACACUAACGUUGUUCAUUUUGUUUCUGGUUGGAAUGAUGUUGCAUCUGUCUCAAGAUAGCAGUUUUCUGGACCGUUAGUCUAAAGAGUUGUAUACAUCUUCGACCAUAAUCCUUCAAUUACUCUAAUGAUUUACUGUUGUGCAUGUGCAUGUAUUUAGUGCUGGAAGAAAGAACAAAACCAGUGGACGAAGUCAUAAUUUUUGUUUUGAGAAUGGUGGUACUUACUCAUUUACUCGUGCUUAUCUUGGUCCUUGGAGCUGGGCAAUACAUUCUCUCGAAAGCAUGCUCCAUAACUCCCUAUGAUGCAGACUUGGAGCAACUGAACGCCGGGGUUUCAGCCUGCAAACUGUUUUGUCGCCUUGAAGCCUUCCGAAUGGUUCUUAUCGUGGUCACAUUUAUGGGCGAGCUUUCUCUUUUCAACUUGUCCAUUAUCCUUGAGCUAAUUCGCAACGUGUUCAAUGUCCCCGUUAUUUUUGGCUGGUUUUUUGCCAGUGAACUACAAAAGGAGCUUGAAUCACGGAAGGCGGAGGUGGUAGCAAACUCGCGAAAUUUGUACACAUUAUCCGACAACGGCUUUCCGGCUUGCCAAACUGAAAAUCAAUCGUCUAGUCAACAAUAUGCAGACAUUCCUCGGGAGUCUCACCACUUGGACAUGUUUAUGAAUACAAGUCCUGCCGAUUUAUUGAGCAACUCUCACCCUCAUAUUGCUCGAUUAUCUACUUAUUAACAAUUGCAAAGAACUUAUAAAAAUUGUGUACCUGAUUAUUGUGAAACUGUAAAUAUUGUCAAACUUACGAUACAAAUACUUGAAAGUAAUAAAAACAACGGCUAAUGGGCGAUUCAUAGUAUAGCUAUUAUUGGCUAACUAGAACUUUCACUUUCAUGAAUGCAUUUCCAUCAAGCUGUCAUGUUUAUGUGAAAUCUGUAGAACAAAAUAGUCACGGUCUAUAAUUUUAUAGAAAAUGUAAUAACAAUUUGCAGUUAUGAAGGUUCACAAUAAUUUUAUACAAAGUACUUUUGCAGUACUUUUAAUAGCUGCGCAAAGGUCACAUUCAGAGGGCUCACAUGUGAACCAAGAACUUAAACCGCACAUUGGGUGGUCGGUGGAUAUAACAAAGUUAAAACCAGGAGAAUAUGGCAGACCUGUUGUUGAUCUGAUUUUGACCAAAGAGGAAGAACUUCUUAAGGAAGACCUUUACAAUAAGUAUGGAUACAACCAAUUUGUCUCGGAGAAAAUCUCGACGCAUCGAAGUCUACCAGAUUUCCGGGAUCCGUGGUCAGUGGCCAGCCAUUGCUUGAAUGAUAAUCAUUAUUUACCAACCACACCUACCUCGAUCAUCAUAACUUUCUACAAUGAAGCCGUAACAACUUUCAUGCGAACGAUUCAUUCAAUCCUUGAGAGGUCUCCACCUCAUUUAAUUCAUGAAAUAAUCCUUGUCGACGAUUAUUCUGAAUUUGAGGAUUUAAAGGAAAACCUGGAUCGACAGUUGGAGGGAUAUGAGAAAAUUAAAAUUAUCCGAGCCCCUCGUCGUCUUGGCCUUAUCAAAGCGCGAUUGCUGGGAAUAGAACACGCUUCAGCUAAAAUCAUAACUUUCCUUGAUGCUCACGUUGAAUGCACUACGGGUUGGCUGGAACCUCUAAUUGACCGAAUAGAACAAAAUCCCACAGUUGUGGCAACGCCUGUUGUCGACUGGAUAAAUGCCGACACCUUCGAGUACAACGUCACCUUUUCGACAUCUCCUGACAUUGGGGGUCUAACAUGGGAUCUAUUCUUUGACUGGAUUCCAAUCACGAAAGAACGACGUGAGAAAAUGUCUCAUCCGGCCGAGCCCAUGCCAUCGCCAACAAACGUGGGGGGCAUAUUUUCGAUUUCGAGAGAGUUUUUCGAAAGGCUUGGGUUCUACGAUAACCAAUUUGAAAUUUGGGGAGCUGAAAACCUGGAGCUAUCCUUCAAGGCGUGGAUGUGCGGCGGAUCUGUCGAAUACAUUUCUUGCAGUCGUGUUGGACACAUUUACAAAGUGAGAGGAACCUACCGGGCAAAGCUAAACGACAAGUUUUUAAAGCGAAAUUUAAUGCGAUUGGCAGAAGUUUGGAUGGACGAGUACAAACAUUAUUUUUACAGCGUAUCUUUCAACAAGCUGGAAGAUUUUGGAGACGUGUCAGAAAGGAAGAAAUUGCGAGAGCAGCUUCACUGCCAUUCAUUUGAGUGGUACUUGGAUAACGUAAAGUUUAAAAUAACCUGCUUUCAAUUUUGUUGAUUUUCUACCAAACUUUGCAUACUCAAUUACUCAGGUGAUUCCAGAAAUGUAAGUCGC